CGUACAUGGGAAAAUACAAAACAUACACAGGGUGUGUCAUUGAAACAUGCAUAGCCAACUCUUUGAUAAAACAUAAAAAACUGCGAUAAAUCUGACUAGCAAUAAAAAUGAUACCCUGCGUAUUUGACACAAUGCAGCUAUGCUACCUAAGCACGCCAUGCUUUUAUAAUAAGCAAAACAAUUGAAGCUGACACUGUUAUUGAUAGUUUGUCAGGGAAACUUGUCAAAAAAAACGUUCACUACGUAAAAAAGGGGAAAACCGUCGAGAAAGUCAAUACAAAUGUAAAUAAUUUGCAAAUACUCCAGAUUUCCAUUCCAUUGGGGCAGAUCGAAUGCAAACAAAUACUUAUAGUUAGCAUGAAUGAAGCAUUUGUGGAAGUAAAUGGGGUUCGCACGAAAAUUGCUACUUGGGGCAGAUGGAUUGAAGAAUCUCCUGCGACCAUCAAGGAACUCAUCAUCUUAAUACCAGGAAACCCAGGCGUUGUGGGAUUCUACAAGCAAUUUGCCAAUUCGCUCUAUGAAAAAACGGAUAUUCCAGUUUGGUGUCUCAGCCAUGCGGGCCACAACUUAGCAGAAAAUUCCAUAACAAAAUUGCCUAACUUUACAGAGCAUCGGAAUCUCUAUGGGUUGAAAGGACAAGUUAAACACAAGGUAGAUUUCCUCGAAAAAUAUUUGCCACACGAUGCCAAAGUCUAUCUGAUAGGACACUCAAUAGGAAGCUAUAUGGCCCUUGAGGUUUUAAACUACCCGGGUAUAAAUAGUAAGAUUAUAAAAACUUAUUUGCUGUUUCCUACAAUAGAACGAAUGGCUGUAACAAAAAAUGGCAAGUUUUUGAAUACUUUUGUUCGGCCUCUGGUUUGGUUGUUACUUUUUUGCUCAUGGAUCUUCACUGUUCUGCCCAAUUUCCUUGCUAACUUUCUGUUGUACAUUUAUAUGAUAAUCAGCAACGUGCCUUGCCAGAGUCAAAUGGGCAAUAUUAAAGAACUAUUAAAGCCCGGGGUUUUAAGGAGAGUUUUUUUCUUAGCAUUUGAAGAGAUGGACCAAGUGUUGGAGAGAAACGAUAAAAUUCUGCAUGACAACAUUGACAAAGUCAAAUUGUAUUAUGGUAAAACAGAUGGGUGGGCGCCCGAAGAGUUCUACGGCAAAAUAAAACAAGAUUUGCCCAAUGUCGAUGCAGAAUUGACUAAUAUAUGUCAUACUUUUGUUUUUAAUCACAGUGUGGAUGUGGCUGCCACUGUCUGUAAAUGGAUCAAAAGCACGAAAUAAGCGUUGAAAGCUGGUGUCGGGUUUAAUCAGAAUGUAUUUCACUUUAUUUUUAUAAUACUGUCAAACCAAUGAGCAAUUUUUUAAAUUUAGCUUUAAUAAAGAACAGAGCGACGAUUUAUUUUGUCAUGAAAAGUAAAAUGACGAGAAUCUCAGAAAUUAUCACUAAAUAGAAAAAUAAGCUGUAGCUGUAGUAUUGUAUAUGUUACAGACCCUAUGUGUAAAACCGGCAGUAUAUAAAGUGACUAAAAAUACAUAUGUAUAGUGUAGGAGAUGGGUCUUUUCAUAGCCGUCUGAUUUAUCUGGAGAAGUUAAAAACCUUAAGCCACAUAUUUGUACAAUAUUGAAGAAACGCUAGGCAUAAUAAAACACUUUUCGAGUCGAAAA